AUGGCCAACGUUCGAUUCGGCGUUAUCUUCGCGGCGGUGACGCUCGCGGCGCUGGUGUGUUUACAGCUAGUUGCGGUGUUCAAGCAUGCCGAACAAACACUCUCGCCUCAUUUGACCAGAAAUCUAAAUCAGUGGAAAAGUAGGUCGAGGGAAGCUGUCGACGACGGGUCAUUUUUGGUAGGAGCUGGCAAGGCAGAUGUAACAGGACCCGUAGUGGAAGUCGACUUCAAUGGAUAUGCUAGUCUAGACCAGCUCGGCACUGGCCUGAAGCAGAGACUAUAUGCUCGCACCUUCAUUUUUGCAGACCCUAACAAACCAGAAGAUACAUUCGUGUACGUCGUCCUCGACACACUCGCCGGUGACACGGCCGUACGACAUGGAGUCCUGCAGGGCCUCGCCGCGCUCGGUACUGAUUAUGCACGGUAUGGCGAACAAAACGUCGCAUUGACUGGGACGCAUUCGCACUCCGGGCCUGGGGCGUGGAUGAAUUACCUUCUCCCUCAGAUUCCAACCCGAGGCUUUGACAAGCAGAGUUACCAGGCUAUUGUCGAUGGGACUAUUCUCUCUAUCAAGCGUGCCCAUGAGAGCUUGACACCGGGGCGGCUGUCUUUUGGGUCGAUUGAUUUGGAGGACGCCAAUACCAACCGCAGUCCUUACUCGUACGACCACAACCCCGAAGAGGAAAAAGCAAGAUACUCAGCCAAUGUGGAUAAGACUUUGACUCUUCUUCGAUUUGACCGGGAAUCUGAUAAUAAAACGACAGCUGUAUUAACUUGGUUUCCCGUCCAUGGUACAUCUAUGUAUAACAACAACACCCUGGUGACUGGCGACAACAAGGGUGUUGCAGCCUAUCUAUUCGAGCGGAGCAUAGCCAACGAUGUGAGAUUUGCCGAUGAUGCUGUUGUUGGAUUCUCUCAAGCCAAUGUUGGAGAUACAAGCCCUAAUAUUCUGGGUGCUUGGUGUGAGGACGGCUCGAAUGAGAUGUGCCGGUACUCUGACAGCACCUGUGGCGGAGAAAAUGAACCAUGUCACGGUCGAGGACCUUUCUUCCGCGAAAAGGAUAACGGUGCAAAAAGCUGCUUUGAAAUUGGACGCCGCCAAUAUUCAGCAGCAAAGAAUCUUUGGGAACAGAUGAAUACCAAUGCUAUUAAGCUCACUGGAAGCUCUGCUGUCAGGUCUUUCCAUGUGUAUCAGGAUAUGAAUGGUUACACUUUCCAGUCACCGUUCAACUCGAGUAUUUUGAAGACCUGUCCUGCAGCUUUGGGAUAUUCGUUUGCUGCUGGAACUACGGACGGGCCAGGAGCCUUUGACUUUACACAAAACGCAACUGGUCCGGCUGCAAGCAAUCCUUUGUGGCAAGUCGCGCGGGCAUUCAUUCACCAACCGACGGAAGAACAGCAGAAAUGUCAAGGUGCCAAGGAUGUGCUUUUGGAUGUCGGCACUCUUACAGAGCCGUAUGCUUGGGCAGCAGAUAUUGUUGACAUUCAACUGUUGCGAGUCGGCCAGCUAUUCAUCAUUAUUUCUACCAGCGAAGCUACCACCAUGUCUGGCCGACGCUGGAAGGAGGCGAUAGCCAAAGAAGCCAGAGAAAAACUCUCCGUUUCAGAUCCUCAAGUGGUGCUAGGAGCCCCGUCAAAUAGCUAUGCACACUAUGUGGCAACGGAGGAAGAGUACAGUGUCCAGCGCUACGAGGGCGCGUCCACGCUCUUCGGUCCAAACACCCUGGCAGCAUACAUCAACCUGACUCUAACCUACCUGCCGUACUUGGAUAAGCCAUCAGUUGCUUUAACCCUCCCGGACAUUCAGCCUGGACCCAAUCCACCAGUCAAUACCAAUCACUCAUUGAGCUUCAUCGCGGGGGUGGUGUACGACGGUGCACCAUUCGGGAAAUCCUUCGGAGACGUGCUUUCGAACCCGGGGAGUGGACCCUCUGGCCCUGGUAAAAUUGUCAAUACGACCUUCGUGGGCGCCAACCCGAGGAACAAUUUGCGCCAGGAAUCGACCUACGCAGCAAUCGAAAGAAAGAACAAUUCCGGUGACUGGGAGGUGGUGCGCAAUGACCGCGACUGGAACCUGGUGUUUCUUUGGACUCGGACAAAUAGCUUGCUUGGCUACAGUGAAGUGACUAUUCAGUGGCAGAUUGAGGAUGAUUAUUACAGUGUUGGCGACCCAACUCCCCUGCACGAUGGGACCUAUCGUAUGCACUAUUAUGGGGACUCAAAGAAUGCCUUCGGCCAGAUUUCGUCAUUUGAGGGCAUUGGCGGGGCAUUUGCCGUACAGACUUCAACCUGA